AUGAUUCGACAGGUUUCACGAAGCCACUUUAUAAGAGGAUACUCUAGCUUAAGCACUCAUACAGUUCCAAACUCUAGUCUUGAACAAAUGUCUGCUAUUCAAUCAACCAUCAGGAAGGAUAUAUUUUCAAGAAGAGAGAAAAGGAAUGUGGUCAACUACUUGAAACUUUCGUAUGAUUCUUAUCCUAACCCCUUAUUCAAUAUGGAAAAAGAUGAAAUACUAAAACUCUCGAUUCCAGAAUAUUUGCAUUUAGCCAAAGUGCCUUACAAGUCUUUAACAGAAACUAACAAUUUUUGCACACAAGUAGCGGAAAUAAUACACGAUUUGAUAAUAGUUGACAUAAAGAGAGUAGUUAAGAUGAUAGAAGGGCUCAAAGAUGAAAAACUUAAAGAUAUAGUGUUGCUUAUAGUAAGGCAAAAUAUGAUUUCAGACAGAAUAAAACGUUCCAUUUUUGAGUUCAUUAUAUCCCCAUCAAGUCCUGAAUUUACUCUGGGUUUUUUUAAAAACCUCAAAUAUAUUAUAGGGCAGGUUGAUAAGAAUACCGUGGAGAGAUGUGAGUUACUAUUGAACUAUUUAAAUACGCUUGCACUGAUUAACCAUAUAAACAAAAAACCUAUACUCCUAAGCACGGAGCUUUUUGAUAAAGUGAGGAGACUAAUACCUGGAGAAAAGCGUGGAGAAUUAUAUCUGUAUUUCCUUAACUUAAACAUUCAAACAAAAGAUCUCAAGCAGCUUGAAAAAAUAAAAAGGAAGCUAAUGAAGGGUUCUAAUCUUGAGAAAUUUGUCGCACGUACGGGCUGGAUAGCGCCUAAGUGGCAUGACGUGAACAGAUCAUCUCUAGGCAUAAGGCAUGAAAAAAAGAUGGAGAAUUUUUUUUCGAUAAAGGAUCUAGAAAUAUUUGCAAAUUUUGCAAUUCAAAGAACUGAUAUUGUGAAUGCUAAUCUCUAUUUGAGGUUGCUAGUGCAAAAAUUCGAGAGCAAAUGCAUGGGGCAAUUGAGUAACCAUAAUCCACUUAGAAUGGGCGAUACUACAACAGACGAGGAUACGCAAAUUGUAUUGAACUUAAUCUUGCAGCACAUAAUGACUUUCAGAGGGCCGGACCACAGUGUGAAAGUUUUGAAAUACAUGAUAAAAAAUGAUCUUGAAAUAUCUUUUAAAACCCUUUUCAUUUUGGUGAGAAAUUUGAGAACACAAGGAUACCACCAAGAAUGUCUUAAAAUAAUUAACAGUAUUAAUUUGACAAGUUUGACAGAAGAACAAAGAUUGAGAUUAGUUGAGGAGAUUGUUUUAUUGAUUAAAGAGAAAUUUCCAGACUCACCCAAGAUUUUAAUCGGAUAUAUAGUAUCCUGCUUCAAUGGGUCGGGAUCGCAUGAAAGUGCGUUUGAUAUAUUGAAUGAUAUAAACUUAUUAGGAAUAUGCUAUGGAAAUGGCAAAAUUGGUACAAUCAACUCGAUUGAAUCUGUACUGAAGGCGAACAUAGACUCCAGGUUGACUGGAUUUAAUCUCACGCAUUCUGCGUUGGCUAACAUAUAUGAGGUAGUUUUAAACACUAUACCUAGAGCUCAAGUCACGCCUGAAUUCAUAUCUAUGCUUUAUGAUCACUAUAUUGGGAUGAUAGCUAAGAAGAGAGAUUAUACAAACUUAUUUGACAAGGAGCAUUUGGACGACAGCGUGGUAACUAUUUUGGUUAAAUAUCUUUUAAAAGUAAAUGUGAAUUCUGCUGAUAUGGAACUUACUUAUUCUAAAACAAAUUUUGAGAUUGCAAAGAAGAUUGUGACCGAUUUCAAUAAAAGAGCUAAAUUAAAGAGAAAGAAUAGGUCAGUUUUCUUGCAAGAAUUACUCGUUUACUCAAGUUUACUUUAUCAUAAUGACUACCAAUUUGCACUACUGGAAGUAAGGUUCUCUCGUUCCAAAGGACUACCCUUUUCUUUCAAUCAAGUCUAUCCAUUCAUUCAGUACCACUUUUAUAAUAAGCAGUACGAUCAGGCUAAAUUAUGGUAUGACCAACUAGUCAAGCAUGGUGUGAAGACAACCGCAUUUCCAGCAAAGAACUUAUACCGUAUUGCUCGGCAACUACAAUGGCCAAUCAGUGGGUUUACAUAUCGUAAGCUAUUGAUUCACAGGAACCAUAAGAAGAGGGAUGAGCUCAGAAAAUUGGCUAACGAUCCAAUUAAUAUGAUAGACCACUCGGAGCUUGAAAAUGAAAUUACUGAAGAACUUAUUCACGGUAGCAGAUCCGAAGAAAAGAGAAAUUCCAAUUUUAGCGAAGAAUUGGCUAGUGUUGUAUACCAGGCGAAUUUUUCCACCCCAAGUAGAGGCGAAUCGUAA